GACAACUAAUUGCUUGCUGGAAUGAAAAGCCGAUUAACACUGGCGCGAUCUCGUUUUCUGUUCAUGGUUUAGAUCCAACGAUUCAUAAACCCUAAAUUCAAUCGUUCAUCAAUUCGCUUUACUUCCUAAUUUAUCCAGCUUCAAUUCCCGAAAAUUUCCGAUUUUGGAUUCAUUGCAUCUCAUUUCUCGUUUCUGAGCAGCAACUCGGGCGCUGUACUGCGUCAAUCCUAAGCCUAAUAGGAAGGGAUAGCUCAAUUUGAAGAUUCCGCUAGAAAAAUGAGUUUAUUGGCUUCGUUUCGAUUGAAAUGAUCGGAACAAGCUAGAAAAUUUGGGUGUAGAGAAGCUGGAGGUAUUGUGGAAUGGAUAAAAAUGAGUUUAUUGCAAUUGUCUUCGUAUUCCUAUUUGUUUCUACCACUUGCAAUGCCUCUUCAGUUUUUCAUCUACGGAAAUUGAUUGCUACUGAGGAGAAUAAUGCCUCUGCAGCUUCUCAGGUUUCGCCAAUUGCCAGCCCAGAUAAUGGUUCGAGUACGAAUACAAGUUCGAUAAACACAGAAAAGCCUCAAUUAGAGAAGGAGAAGGAAUCUGAAAAGCCUCAAUUAGAGAAGCAGAAAGAAUCUCAGGCGGGCAAUGAGACUAGUAGUAAUGCAACAUUGCCAGUUGAUCCGAAAGGAUCAACCGACAAUGGCACUAAAAGUUUAGGUGCUCCUAGCCCGCCUGCAGGUGAGAAGAAGGGCAGUGGAGUUGAUGGAGGCAAUGUGAAGGCCAAUGCGACCAUGCCAAAUUCGAACGACAAUGUCAGCUGCAAUGGAUCAAUUAGUAGUUGCAAGGAGCAAAUGAUGAUUGCCUGCAUUAAAAUCUCGAAAGAUGGUGGGUCAGAACAUGUGUUCCUUGUGGUGAUAAAUGAAGGGGAAAGUCCUUUAAAAGUGAAUGUCAUACUACCUAAUUCUAUACAAAAUAUUUUGACAGAUGUUGAAGUACCCAAACAUACAAGUAAAAAGAUAGAUAUAACAUCUUCUGUAGGCAAGAGCAAUAAACUGAUAGUGAGUUCUGGAGGUUCCCCAUGCGAACUUGUUUUAGUCCAGUCUGCUUCUGUGGACAAGAUUAUUCAGCAACUCUCUUUCUACUCUAAGCAAGUGACCCCUAUAUAUGCUGUAUACGCUUCUUUCCUCGUAACAUUACUAUUGGGAGGGACAUGGGCUUGUUGCAGAUUUAGGAAGAGAAACCAGCAGGAUGGAGUUCCAUAUCAAGAGCUCGAAAUGGGCCUUCCAGAAUCUACUGCAAAUGUGGAUGGCUCCGAAGGCUGGGAUCACGAUUGGGACGACGACUGGGAUGAGGAUGUUGAAGUGAAGUCACCCUCCGGGCACCAAGUAAGAAGUGUCUCUGCUGAUGGACUAACCUCUAGGUCUCCAAAGAGAGACGGAUGGGAGAAUGGCUGGGACGAUUAGGAUUACGCGAUAAACCCCAUACAAGAGUAAGAUGUAUACAGCCUUUGCCAAGGGGAAUAACAAUUGAUAGAAAAAUGUUUUUGCCAUGAUAGGAAAAUGUAAACACUGCCUUUUUAUAUAGGAUCUUUUGGGCUAAAGUGGAAGCUUCUUGUUUGUAACAUUUUUUCCCUCUUUGUUAGUAGUGUGAUAAAUGUUCAAAGAUUAUUCAA